AUGGAGCAAAACGAGAGACUGCUUUUUUAUAUCACGUAUAACCACUGCUCUGCAGCAGAGCAGCCUCCUUUUGCUGAGCCUCACAAUGGUUCCCAAGCUGACCUCACCAAGACAGUUCCGAGUAAUAAAUACAGGGCACGCAGAGAGGGGGUGGAAUCACAGGACGAUACAGACAGAGAUCUUUUGUACUUUGAGACCAUGAAGGUUUUUGUGAUAUCACUUUUGUGUCUUGCUGUGGGCUGUUUAUCAGCAGAUAACAAAACACAACAACAUGAUACUGGAAACAGCAGGGAAAUCACGCGCCUCUUACACAAUUCCAACGGGAUUCUAGAGAGCAUAAAUGAAAUCCUGUCAGGAAUACCGUCCCUUUUAUCAUUUGCAGUUGCAGAGAAACCAUCACAUAAUGAUACUUCUCAAAGUACCAGGGAAUUUAGAACACAAGCCUGUGAUUGUGACUACCACCCUGGCGGAUGUACCAUUAGUCAAUUACCCCCUGCCGGCAAGGCCUGCCAUUGUACAUACAAAGGAGCCUGGACAUGCGGUGGAGAAGUUAGAGACUGUGCACAACGUGAUGCUCAUUUUUGCAAAAACCCAGACUACAACCUGCAAACCUGUCUGCAGGGGGGUGGGGACUGUGAUGCCUACCCUGAUAGAUGUGACUGCAACUAUCAUCCUGGAGGCUGCAGAAUUGCUGUGACAUCCCCCUCAAAUACUGCCUGUAAAUGUAUCUACAAGGGAGCCUGGACGUGUGGAGCCAAAAUUGUGAGAUGCAAAGAUCCCAACAAUGAGAAAUGCAAAAAUCCUGAUUCAUCAAAACAGUCUUGUCAGCAAGGAGGCGGCGACUGUGACGCAUAUUAAUCAAACUACUGAAGCUUGGAUGUGAAAAUCAUUUAAAAGUUUCCAUGUAAAAAAAAAUCUUACAAUGUAAUCAUUUAAUAAAUUAAUUUACAAAACUGUAA